UAAUUCUUUCGAGACAGACACACGUUUUGGCACUGAAAGAAAUUGUAUCAUAUAAGUAGCUCAAUUUGGCAGCGUUAAACUGAAAAUAGAUAGAUAAGUGUAAAUAUGGUUAAGGGUAACAAUGGAACCAAAAUGAUGGUUAAUCGCGUAAUGGAGCUGCUAAAUGCUAAGAUCGCACGUGCCCAGACUAGACACGUUGCCAAGCGGAUGCCUGUGGCAAGUCUGAAUAGUCCCUACAUGGAUAUCAACGCAAUGCAGCGUGAACGCCAGAAGUGCCAAGCAUAUGAUGCUAGUAAACGACUCUCUAUGUGGGAACAGAAGCAAGAUCAAGGAAAUGAGGUGCAGGUCGGAGCUCGACUCGAUCAGUCACAUUACAAACACAGUGGACUUAAAAAGCGCAUCUACGAUUGCACUUGGGUUGAUUUUCCAGUAAGACAACAAACUAAGCCUCAGCCAAUUUUUAUUCUCGAUGAACACAUUCCUGUCAGACGUAGGAAUUGUGAAAACCGCCCGGAAACUGCAAAACCAUGCGACGCUGAGGCUUCAGACUUCCUGAAGCAAAUGUACAGUUCCGGCACUCAGAAGAAUCGUAACCCACAUCCCGAUUGCUUAAAUUCCAAUCCAAAAGCUAUACAAAAGAACUUCUGCGAAAAGAGGCUCAGCCCAAGACAAUCGCGUUUCUAUAACUGAUGCCUAAAAUUUAUAGUAGUUUUUAAGUAAACUUUACAUUGCAUUGCAUUGGACAAAAUUGGAUAUUCUUUUGUUCACCAGAAUUCAUAGAUUUUGCUUUUCAGCGAAUGUUCUUUUAAAUUUUACUCGUAUUUUGAAUUUGGAUUAUAAUUGAAUAUAUUGAAGUGCAAAGAAAUUAAUGCAUAAAGAAUAUAUAUUAAAGGAAAAUAAUUAAUAAAAUAUUUGUAUUACACUAUAAAAUCCUAUAAGUACUCGUAUACCAUCCUUACCGUAUUUAAUUUAUAUAUAAUUAGUUUUUCGAAAACACGAAACGUAUAAAUCUAAAGAAAGUUGAUAGUCUUUAAGUUUGAAAGCUUCACCGGUCCGAAAAAAAUAUUUAAAUAUACAAAAUUAACAUACUAAAAAUACAUGCAAAUUAUACAAUAUAACAGAAAAUAUUUCUGACUGCCUACCAAAGCAAUUAAGACUUAUUCAAAUUUUUCGAAAUAAGGGGCCUGAAAUAAAAAAAAUCGAAUAUAAAGUAAAUUUGAUUCAAAUAUUUUGAAUAUUUAUAAUAUAAUAAUAUAUUAAUAAUAUAUUAACUGCCAGUCGGUGACUCAUUAGAGUAUUUCAAGCUGUAUUCGCGACACUGAACAAGCAUACACUAUAUUUGUAUAUACAUAUUAAGUUUCCCAAAAAUAUGAAAUCAAGUAUGCCGUAAUUUAUUUGACAUCUCAACAUAACGAAUUAUUGGGACGACAGAAUUUACUUUUAAUAAUUUUUUCAAGACAGACACACUUUUCGGAAUCGUCGGCAAAGUUAUAAAAUACAAUUUAUAAAUUUCAUUUAGAGGUGGCUUUUUUUUUCGAUGUUAUAGAGAAACAGAUCAACAAAAAAAUGGUUAAAGUUAACAACGGAACCAAAAUGAUGGUUAAUCGCGCCAUUGAAUUGCUGAAUGCGAAGAUUGCUCACGCCCAAACUCGACAUAUUGCCAAGCGGAUGCCUAUUGCACGCCUUAAUCCAUGCAACUUGGAUCACAAUGUGAUGAGACGUGAGCGCCAGAAGUGUGAGAAAUAUGAUAAAAGUAAACGACUCUCCAUGUGGGAACAGAACAAGGCCGAAACUAAUGAGACUCUGGAUGCAGUACGUCUCGAUCAAUCGCACUACAAACACUGCCAAGUUAAAGAUCGCAGUUAUGAUUGCACUUGGGUCGAUUUCCCUCCCAAGAGAACCAUCCAAACCUCAACCUGUUCUUAUUGUAGAGGAGCACAUUCCUUACAAUCGUCGGAAGAGUGGACACCGGCCAGAAACAGCGAAACCUUGGGAUGCUGAAUCUUCCGACUUUUUAAAGCAAUGGGACGGCGAAAACGUAGAGAUUAACCGAAACAGAUAUUCCAAAUCAGUGAAUUCCAAUCCCUCGGCUAUAGAAAAACACUUCUCCGAGGUAAAAAUUGGCCGAAAACAAUUUCAUUAUUGACUAAUUAUUGAAACUAGUGUCCCAAAAAAUUGUACUUAAAUUUGACUACAUACGUAUAUGGAUUAAGUGAAAAAUCAGAUCAAGUCCGCCUCAAGGAUUAGAUAUAUAAUAAAAACAUUCGGGUCAAAAUAAGAUUAAAACGCAACGAAAUUUAUCUAAUCUUCGUAUUGUUUUGAAAAUACAAUAAAGUUUCUAUUUUUUAAUAUA